UUCUUUCAGUUCAGUGUCGUUCGUCUUGAGAAAUGAAGUUUGCAGUACAUAUCCUCGCAGGGCUGCUGCUUGUUCUUGCAACAACAAAUGGAAAAAUAUAUGAUAGAUGUGAACUUGCAAAAGAAAUGAAAUUUAGGGGCCUUGAUGGAUUCAGAGGAUACAGUCUGCCAAACUGGGUAUGCACGGCUUACUACGAGAGUCGCUUUAACACGAACGCUACAAAUUUGAACACAGAUGGCAGCACUGAUUACGGAAUCUUGCAGAUUAACAGUCGUUGGUGGUGUAAUAAUGGCAAGCCUCCUACUCGCAACGCUUGCAACAUCAACUGCGAUGUGCUGUUGAAGGAUGACAUCACCCAAGCAUUGACAUGUGCCAAGCGUGUUGUGAGCGACCCUAAUGGCAUGGCAGCGUGGGUUGCUUGGAGAAAAUAUUGUCAAGGACGGGAUCUGUCAAAAUGGAUCGCAGGAUGCCAAUUAUAAUAUCAGAGUAUUUUCUUUUGUUUAUCAGGAGAAGGUUGCGCAGAUUCACACAGCUUUAAUGCACGAUUAACUUAACUGCAAAUGUUUCUAACAAAGUCAGUUAAAGUUUUGCUUUUGGCAUAGCUGUAUUAAUCAGUUGCUGAUUUAAUUUACUUACUCAUAAAAUUAUUAUUCAUAAA